AUGUUCCCGGAGAAACAUGAAGGUGCGAUACGUAUCGCAUCGUGGAAUGUUUCGGGAUUGGCCGCUGCACAGAAGAAGGGAUUCAACUUUUAUGUUGAAGCUGAGGACGCUGAUAUUUUAACAUUGACGGAAACUAAAAUGAAUGGAGAAUCGGAAGUCCCAGUCCUCGAUAGCAGAUACCCCUACAGGUAUUGGUCGAUUGCCGGCAAGAAAGGGUAUGCCGGGACAGCAGUGUUCUCGAAACAUGAACCAAUAUCAGUGACAAAAGACCUCCCAGGUCACCCAAAUGAAGAUGCUAUCAAGGGAAGAAUAGUAACCGCCGAAUUCGAGAAAUUCUAUUUGGUCGCUACAUACGUUACGAAUGCCGGCCAAGGUUUGAAGACAUUACCUGAGAAAGAGUUAUGGAAUGAGCACUUUACGAAGUACAUACGAGAACUCGAUGCAAAAAAGCCUGUUAUUUGGGCGGGUGAUUUGAAUGUUGCACCAACAGAGAAAGACCUAACGCACGCAAAGAAAAAUUGGAACAAAUCGGCAGGAUAUACCGAGUCUGAGACUAAAGCCUUCGCUCGGAUACUUGACCCUUCAAAGGAUGAAAAGCAGGAUGCUUCAUCAUCGAACAAGUUCCUUGACCUUUGGCGGGAAUUGCAUCCGGACGACCAACAUUAUACGUAUUUCGGAUACCGCUUUGACUGUCGUUCAAAAGGUAUCGGGUGGAGACUUGAUCAUGUUGUGGUGAGUGAACGACUCCGCGAAAACGUCAAGAUGUGCGAGAUUCGGGACGAAAUCUAUGGUGCAUCAGAUCAUUGUCCCGUUGUAGUUGAAAUUGCAGGCCUAGUCUGA